CCGCCAUUUUGGCUAAAGAAGAGUCGAACAAUCAGUAGAGAAGCAACAAACCUCGAAGUUACAGCUCACGAUCGGACUUCUAGUCCGUAAACACAUCAAGAAGAUAUGGAGACGGACAAAAAAUCUCAAGAUCUUAAAGAAAAGCCAGCCAUCGAAGAAAAUGCCUUUGAAGCUCUUGAGAGAGAUUUUCAGGAGGUUCUCGGGGAACUCAUGGGAGAUAAGAGUCUUGAAAAGUUUCGCGUAGAAUAUGAAAAGUUGCACAGAGCAUUGAAAAAGUCCCACGAAAGUGAGAAACGUUUGAUGCAAAAAUGCCGAGAGUUAAAUGCAGAGAUUGUGGCGAACGCCUCGAAAGUUCAAACUGCUUUGAAGCUCUCUCAGGAAGAUCAGACCACGAUCGCCUCACUAAAAAAGGAAAUAGAGAAGGCAUGGAAAAUGGUGGAUGCUGCUCAUGAUAAAGAACAGAGAGCAAGGGAGACAAUUCAGUCUUUGAAACUUGAAAUUGCAAAUCUCAGCAAACUUGUAGAGCAAGGAGCUGGUUUGACCAUGGGUCAGGAUCAUAGUGUGAAUGAGCUGCUUAAAAUCAAGGAUGAGCUGACAAAGGAAAGGGACGAUAAACUAUCUGAAAUUUCCAAGUUGAGGGAAGAAUUGUCAGGUGCAACUACAAAACAACAGAAAGCUGAACAAGACAGAGAAGAGGCUGAGAUGAAGAUUGCUGAGCUCAAGGAAGAUAUUCAGGUGCGAAGUAAUGAAGCCCAGCGAGAAGCUAGGAAAAAGGAGAAAAUUGAAAAGGAGUUGAAACAAGCAAAGAGUGAUUUGGAAACUAGAACUGCUGAACUGAAAACAAAAGCAGGGAAUCUUCAACGAGCACAGGAAGAUAUCACCAAGCUUGAACAGCAACUUAAAGAACAGAGGAUCUUGAAUGAAAAAGCCAUGAAGGAUACAGACUUAUUGAAUGCUCGCCUUACUAAAGUCCAGCAAGACUAUGAUCAACAACUUCUUAGCUGUGAUCAGCUGGCCACAGAAAACACGCAGAAAGCUGCAGAGUUGAAGGCUAAGGAGGAUGAAAUUAAUGCGCUGAAACAGGACACUGUACGACUUACAAAAAUGAGAGAAGCCAUCCAGAGGAAGCUGAGAACCAUCGAGGAUCAGAAAAUGGAGGUUGAGCAGCAGAAGGAAACUCUUAAAGGACAGAUUGCUGGCUUGGAAAAAGAACUUGAAUCAAGCAAAAAACAAGCCGAGGCGGAUAAAAAAGCGAUUGAUGAUCUCGUCCGUGAAAGGGACAUCCUUAACAAGAAUCUGUUGAAAGCAGCCGGUGCAACCCAGAAGCAACUUGGUCUUGUGCGGUUACACGAGCAAACCAAGAAGAACUUGGAGCAAGAGAUUCAGAACUACAAAGAUGAAGCUCAAAAACAGCGCAAGAUUAUCUAUCAACUGGAGAAGGAAAGAGAUCGAUACAUCAAUGAAGCAAGCGAGCUGACUCAGAAGGUUCUACAACACAUGGAGGAUGUCAAGGUCCGUGAGAUGCAGAUCUUCGAUUACAAAAAGAAAAUCGCCGAGGCUGAAACGAAAUUGAAACAACAACAGAAUCUCUACGAAGCUGUCCGUAGUGACCGUAACUUGUACAGCAAGAACCUGAUAGAGUCUCAGGACGAAAUCACCGAGAUGAAACGGAAACUGAAGAUCAUGAACCAUCAGAUCGACCAACUGAAGGAAGAGAUCAUGGCCAAAGAGGCCGCGCUGGUCAAGGAACAUCUGGAGCAUCAGAGGGUGGAGAAGGAGAAGGACGCACUCAAGGCUGAGCUGCAGAGGAUGAAGCAGCAAGCAGCUGAAUCCAAGGCUUAUAUCGAACAGCAGGAGGUUGAAGAGAGGAAGCUACUUAAGAUCAUCUCUGAAGCUGAUGCUGAAAGGCUCCGGCAGAAGAAGGAACUUGAUCAGGUAAUAAGCGAGAGAGACAUUUUGGGAACGCAGUUGGUCAGACGCAACGACGAACUGGCUUUAUUGUACGAAAAGAUCAAAAUACAACAGUCAACUCUUAACAAAGGCGAAAUUCAGUACCGCCAGAGGUUGGAAGACAUCCGAUUGUUAAAACUUGAAAUUAAGAAACUUCGCCGCGAGAAAAACAUCCUUACAAAGAGUGUAGCGAACGUAGAAGAUUUAAGGCGUGAGGUGUAUCAUACCCAGCGUGAGCUUCUCAGAGAACGAACCCGAUGCAAGGCUUUGGAAGAAGAACUCGAAAACCCGAUGAACAUUCACAGAUGGAGAAAACUUGAGGGAAGUGAUCCGAGCACGUACGAAAUGAUUCAAAAGAUACAAACUCUACAAAGACGACUUAUACAGAAAACUGAAGAGGUGGUGGAAAAAGAACUCCUUAUCCAAGAAAAAGAGAAGUUGUACAUGGAACUAAAACAAAUCCUGGCUCGUCAGCCCGGGCCAGAAGUGGCUGAACAACUCAGUAUUUACCAACAAACACUCAAAGAAAAAACAAAGCAGAUGAAAGGAAUGUCAUCUGAACUGAACAUGUACGAGGCACAAGUGAAAGAAUAUAAAUACGAGAUCGAAAGACUAGCUAAAGAACUACAGGAAGUCAAGAAAAAGUUUUACAUGCAGAAGAGAAAAGAACAACAAGCGAGGGAAAGAGACAGAGCUUACCAACAGGCCACUGGACCCGCUUUCUCUCCACAAAGAACGGAUGGACCAAGGUUCACUGGUGGUGGUUUUAAUCUGAAGCCGCCUGCGAAGGCCGUAGCAUAAAUAAUCGACAUUUUAUCUGUGAAUAGUGCGAAUAGACUUUCUGGAGUUGUAUAUAAUACUUUAAAAAUAACCAUGAAAAAACUUAAAUCUAAAGCACGCAGAUCGAGUGCAAUACACUACUAGCGUCUUGGAGUAUAACACGUUUGUUUGAGAACUGUGGAUGCCUCAAGACUUUUAAGAACACCGAUUCAGGUUAUGCGCGUAUUGUGUCUACUAUGUUUCAAUUGGUUUAUUACUUUUUUUAUUUCCUGAAUUUAAAAAAGUACAAACAUGGUUUGGGUGAAUAUAUUUUAGAACAAAGCCUCA